AUGGCUUGCUCCGGGGAUCAAAUGGACAAAUCGUUUAUCUGCAUCGGAAAUGGUUCACAGUCGAAGUCAUUUUUCACUUUCUAUUCACAGUUCAAUAGGAACUGGGGCGGGGAGGGUGUUCUAGAAGCCGUCGUCAUGCUUAUUCUGGCGAUUAUGUCUGUGCCUGGCAGUCUGGUUAUUUAUGUCUUUAUUUUAAAGUCUAAGACAACAAGGACUGUGACCAACGUCUUAGUAUGUAAUCUGGCAUUGGCGGACAUAGCAUAUUGUCUGUCUGCACCGUUUGUCGCCUACGUCAGAGUACACGGAACCUGGACGCUAGGGGACGGUAUGUGCAUGGUGCUCAUGUACUGGAUGCACGUUUGUGAAGUGGUUAUGAUUUGGACGUUGACGGCAAUCAGUAUUGACCGUUAUGUGAACAUCAGAAAGGUUGUCUGGACACUUGUCCUCAUUGUGUUAGUCUUCAUUGCGAUGUGGUUGCCACUGUUCAUCGUGAUUGCGCUUGUUGAAUAUGACGUCAGCAAUCACGUGAAUGGAAUGCAUUCGAACGCACUGAUCUGGGCUGUAAUAUUUGCCUACGUCGCAGUGGCGUAG